AUGCCGCAAGUCCGCAACCCUAUUCUUCCUGGCUUCAACGCCGACCCCUCGAUUCUCCGGGUCGGGGAUGACUAUUACAUCGCCACCUCCACCUUCGAGUGGUAUCCGGGUGUCCAAAUUUACCACUCCAAGGAUCUCGCCAACUGGGACCUAGCCAUCCGUCCCCUGAAUCGCGCGAGCCAGCUGGACAUGCGCGGUGACCCAGAUAGCUGCGGCAUCUGGGCCCCCUGUCUGACGCACGACGGCGAGAAGUUUUGGCUCGUCUACACAGACGUCAAGCGCAAGGACGGUUCGUUCAAGGACUCCCAUAACUACAUCGUCAGCGCCCCCGCCAUCGAGGGCCCCUGGUCAGACCCCUUUUACAUCAACUCCUCCGGCUUCGACCCCUCGCUCUUCCACGACGAUGACGGUCGGAAGUGGUUUGUCAACAUGCUCUGGGACCACCGCCGCCGCCCCUUGACCUUUGCGGGUAUUGCAUUGCAGGAGUUCGAUCCCAAGGCCGGCAAGCUCGUUGGGCCGCGUAAGAACGUCUACCAGGGCACCGAGCUGGGGCUCGUCGAGGGCCCGCACAUGUACAAGCGCAACGGAUGGUACUAUCUCCUGACAGCCGAGGGCGGGACGGGCUACGAGCACGCUUGCUCACUUGCUCGAUCGCGUAACAUCUGGGGUCCGUACGAGGACCACCCCCAGAAGCACAUCGUGACGUCCAAGGACCACCCGCACGCAGCCCUGCAGCGAGCUGGCCACGGCGACAUUGUCGACACCCCUGAUGGCCGCACCUACAUCGUUCACCUUACCGGCCGCCCAAUCACGCAGUUCCGCCGUUGUGUUCUGGGCCGUGAGACUGGCAUUCAAGAAGCGUACUGGGGCGAAGACGACUGGCUCUAUGUCAAGAACGGGCCCGUUCCCAGCCUGUAUGUGGAUCUACCCGGCGCCCGCGACGAGGACAAGUAUUGGGCCGAGCAGCGGUACACAUUUGAGUCCGGCCUCCACAAGGACUUCCAGUGGCUCCGCACGCCCGAGACGGAGCGGAUUUUCAACACUGACGGCGGAAAGCUGACGCUCAUCGGCCGCGAGGCUGUCGGAUCCUGGUUCGAGCAGGCCUUGGUUGCCCGGCGCCAGACACACUUCUCGUACGAUGCCGAGACAGUCAUUGACUUCUCGCCCACCGACGAGCGCCAGUUUGCGGGUCUGACGGCCUACUACUGCCGUUUCAACUUCUUCUACCUUACCGUCACGGCUCAUUCCGAUGGCCAACGAGAACUGCUCAUCAUGGCAUCCGAGGCGUCAUGGCCGCUCUGCAAUCUCCGGUUCCCCUACCCAGAUCCCGUUCAGAUCCCGAACGAGGGCAAAGUCCGGUUGGCACUCACCAUCAGGGGGAAGGAGCUGCAGUUUUUCUACGCCAUGGAGGGAGAGGAACUGAAGAAGGUCGGUCCUGUUUUCGACGCGAGCAUCAUCUCGGACGAGUGCGGUGGACACCAAAAGCAUGGCAGUUUCACGGGUGCUUUUGUCGGAGUUGCUGCCUCCGACAUCAACGGGACUGCUGCUCAGGCGACAUUUGACUACUUUACGUACAAGCCGGUGCAUCACGAGAGUGAUCGGUAUGAGAUUUAA